AUGGACUCCUCCUCGCCCGCCCGCAAUGGCUCGCCUGCACGCGGCAGGUCCACGAGCCCGCGGCCGCUGGGACCGCGUGACGACGACGACGACGACGAUGCCAGCAUCAUGGACAACCUCCCCGAUACCCGCAACCUGCAAGCUUUUGGCCGAAAAGUUACAGCCACCGCGGGACAUCUCAUAGGCGCGGACGGCGUUAGCCAGCACUACCAAAACGCACUGGGAGAGCUCCACAGAGAACUCCGACGACCCAUGCUGCAGCGCUCCGUCUUCUCCUUCGCGCAAGCAACCCCCCGCGAGCUCGUCCGCUCGAGGAUAUCCGUACCCGAGAUCCAGCAGCGAGCGCUAUCCUACCUGCCCGACGACCUUCUCGCAAAUAUCCCAGAGGACAACAAUGCAUACUCGCUUUUUCAGGGCUUUCAGGCUUCCCUGCCGGAGGAGCCCACCAUUCAGAGAAGGCAUGGCCGGCAUAACUCGAGAGGGCAGAGGCUGAUAGGGGAAGCUACUGAAGAGGACGACCCGCGCCUGCCGACUUCGAUGGCGAAGCUGAAGAACCAGAAGCAUAGCAUGAGCCACCGCCUGGAGAUGAUGGGUGUGAGGAAGCACAUGUGCGCUGCCGAGAUCCACGAAAUAAACAACAAGAUCGCGAAUCUCAACACGAUGCGCAAGAUGGUGGUGGACAGGUUGGCGGGACUGGAGGCUGAAGAGGCGGAAAUCGAACAGGAACUGCUAGAGGUGGAUAACAAAAUCGAGGACCUGCAGGAAGAGCUCGAAGAUGCCGCCGCAUUGGCUCCCAAAUCGCCAGACACCCCCACAACUGCAAGCCAGGAAGAGGGUUCGGGCGAUUUCAUGUCCGAAUCCAUAUAUCAGAAGUUGCCGUCUCCGAAGGCGAAGCGAAGACGAAACAUGCGGCGGAUAUCAAUGCCUAUACUGCAUGAGCAUUUGGAGCCUGGGUCCAAGAUCAGAGAGCUACCGGCACAUGAAGACACAAUAACCGCUCUGGAUUUUGAUGCACCUUGGGGAACCCUGGUAACAGCAGCUCUGGAUGACACUGUACGAGUAUGGGAUCUGAAUGCCGGGCGCUGCAUCGGCAUGUUGGAAGGCCAUCUUUCCUCGGUCCGCUGUUUGCAGGUUGAAGAGAACGUCGUUGCGACCGGAUCCAUGGAUGCCUCGAUCCGUCUAUGGGACUUGAGCAAGGCGGAAUACGCACCUUCGGACAACCGGAUCAACAAGGGCGGCGAGGAGGACGAAGACGACGGGCUCACGUUCGAGAACUCCGAGGACGCGCCUCCCCCACCGCCGCCGACGAUCAUGCAGGACUGCCCGCUGUUCGCCCUUGAAUCGCAUGUCGACGAGGUUACUGCGCUGCACUUCCGAGGCGACACACUGGUCUCCGGGUCCGCGGAUAAGACAUUAAGGCAAUGGGAUCUGGUAAAGGGACGUUGCGUACAGACUCUCGAUGUCCUAUGGGCUGCGGCGCAAGCCAACGCGACAGACACGACUAGCGGACAAUGGCGACCAACCGGGCGAGUCGCGGACGCGUCGGCCGAUUUCGUAGGCGCGCUUCAGGUCUUUGACGCAGCUCUGGCAUGCGGCACAGCGGAUGGCAUGGUACGGUUAUGGGAUCUCCGAAGCGGGCAGGUACACCGGAGUCUCGUUGGUCACACAGGUCCUGUUACUGCUCUUCAGUUCGACGAUGUCCAUAUUGUCACGGGUAGUAUGGACAGGAGCAUAAGGAUCUGGGACCUGCGAACAGGCUCGAUAUACGAUGCCUACGCGUAUGACCACCCCGUGGCGAGCAUGAUGUUUGAUGCGCGCCGUAUUGUCGCGGCAGCAGGUGAGGAUGUAGUCAAAGUCUACGACAAGACGGAUGGCCGACACUGGAACUGUGGACCCGGGGUUGGAGCUGACGACGAUGCCACCGCCCUUUCCAUCAUCGAGCGUGUACGAAUCAAGGAAGGAUAUAUGGUCGAAGGCCGGAAGAACGGCACGGUGGGAGUUUGGUCUUGUUGA